AUCGAAAGUUCAGCCCAAGGUAUACCACCGGUUUAAAUGCUUAAAAGCUUGGGCAAAAUUGGAUCAGGGAGAAUCGUCACCCAACUUUCAUUAUUUCCAAGUGGUGUGAUUGAAUUAAAGGGCAAGAUGGCGGUUUGAGCGAGAGGGCUAUACGUGGUGGAGGGGGCUGGCGCGUAAUGGUGGGGUAUUAAAUUCUAAUUAGAGAUGCAGGGGAUCAAUGAUAGGGAGGUUGGACAGCCCGAUCCCCCAGUGCCAGCCCAAUAGACUGAUGAGUUAUUGUCAUGUAAAAAAGCGCUAGCAAUAAGACCCAAACGCCGUGCUAUUGUCCAAGCGGAAAGAGCCAAGUUUAUUAUGAGGACUAUAUGCUCUAGAGACCUGGGGCUAGGCGGCUCCUUGGGAGGCUUUUCAUAAAACAAGGCUCAGCUCCUAUAAAGGAGGGCAGUUUUUGAGCAGGCGCCGAGCAGUGCACAUCUACCCACGGCACGAGCCACCUUCAAACCAGUAAAAAUUCAGCCGCCACAAGCUCCCCAACUUCGUCUGCGUUUUGGCUUGCUUUUUUCAUGUGCUCCUCGCCAAUUUAAUUUAAUUUGAAUUUGACGUUUGUGUGUAUUUUUCUUUGGGAGUGCAGCUUUCCUUCUCCACUGAGCCUUUUCAAUGUAUAAAAUGGAGUAUUCUUACCUCAAUUCCUCUGCCUACGAGUCCUGUAUGGCCGGGAUGGACACCUCGAGCCUGGCGUCAGCCUAUGCGGACUUCAGCUCUUGCAGCCAAGCCAGUGGCUUUCAGUACAAUCCCAUCAGGACGACGUUUGGGGCCACCUCCGGGUGCCCGUCGCUUACACCGGGCUCCUGUAGUCUGGGCACCCUGCGGGACCACCAGAACAGUCCGUACGCCGCAGUCCCCUACAAGCUGUUCACCGACCACGGAGGUUUGAAUGAGAAGCGGAAGCAGAGACGCAUUCGGACAACUUUUACCAGCGCGCAGCUAAAAGAGCUGGAGCGCGUGUUCGCUGAGACUCACUACCCAGAUAUUUACACACGAGAGGAGCUCGCGCUAAAAAUCGAUCUCACCGAGGCUAGAGUGCAGGUGUGGUUCCAGAACAGGCGUGCCAAAUUUCGCAAACAAGAACGUGCAGCCGCUGCCGCAGCUGCGGCAGCAAAGAACGGGUCUGGGAAGAAAUCUGACUCGCGAGAGGAGGACAGCAAAGAGGCAAAGGCUACCGAUCCUGAUAGCACUGGUGGGCCCGGACCUAACCCAAACCCUACUUCCAACUGUGGUGGACCAAGUCCUACCGGCGGACAGGUCAGCGCCACAGGGAACGGCCCGGUUGAACAGGUGAAGACGUCAGUGGCUGGUAUGGGAGUCACUGCGCCGAGUCAAGGUUGGGCCUCUGCCCCGGGCACCAUCACCUCCAUUCCGGACUCUCUGGGCGGACCCUUCGCUAGUGUUCUGUCAUCAUUACAAAGACAGAACGGAGCCAAAGCCACUUUAGUAAAGACCAGCAUGUUCUGAGUUACUGCUUGAUGCAGAAAAGAAACGACGACCGCGAGAUUCAACAAACACACAAAGUAAGCGUUUACUCUAGUCACCGACAACUGAUAACUGAUAAAAGGAGAAUGUCAAAAGAAGGAGAGAGCCCUGUAUCUCUAUCCACUGGUGUAGAAAAAAAGAGACCACCUCUGGUCCUCAUUCGACUAAUUUCGACACCAUUGGUUUACACCAGAAGCUGGAUAAUAAUACCAUACACAUUAUGUUAACAUUGUGACCUUAUCCGGACUGUUUUGUUUUGGUUGUGGUCGUUGACAUAAUUUCUGAUGUAUUCAAGUAAACUAACCAAUAGACUGCGAUACGCGAUCCUGCUGCAAAGAAACCCCACUAAGGACUCAUGAAGAUACAAUGUCAUUAUUCAGUGUCAUUAUACAUGUCAUUAUAUCUUGGCACCAUAAUUAUUUGUUUACAUUGACUCUAAACGUACCAGUAGCGCAAGUUACAUGUCUGUCUGUAUUACAGAACACUGCCAAGUGUGGCACUCUGUUAUAUAUUUUUACCUAAAUUACCAAGUCUUAGAGCCAGGGGCUCUGCAAACAUUCAUCUACAUAUUUACUAUUAAUCUAAGGCAAGUUGUUCUUAAAUGGCACAAGUACAUACGUCAUUGUUGACAGAAAUACGUAAACGUUUUGUGUGUCUUUCUACAGCUGUGUUUUUGUGGCUCAAAUUGUAUAGUGUUAAAACGUAUUGACGUCCUAGAUAAGCAUAGACCACAUCCCCCUUGUAGUUCACGAAGUCUUUAUAAUGUUUUAAAAGUUACAACUGGUGCAUUCUUUGAAGGAAAAAGGGAAUGGAUACAAAGCAUUGUAUUUAUUUUCUAUAUUAUUUGCAUGUUGUCUUCUCCGUCCAAUUUUUUUUAAUGAUUUCACCUAUUUUGUGAGCAUAAUGUAACACGUUUUUGUCCAGGAUUUGAGAAUAAUUUAUAUGUAGGUAAUGGAUGCUUAUAUUUAAGAAGGAAAUAUUUCUACAUGUGCACAUAGUUUUUCAGGUGUAUACCAUUGACAUGGCUGUUGAUGAUAAAAACGAUUAUGAUGCAAAAAUAGUAUUGUCCCGUUUCCUUUUUAAAGUAUUCACUUAAUUUAAAUGAAACAUUGCUAAAAACACAAUAUUCAAACACAAAAUCUCAUCCAAAACAUCUUUAUUUACAUUACUCCGGAUUCCGGACGACCGAGAGGGCGUAUAUCGGUUGUAUCCUGUUCAGCACCUUGGACAGCCGCACAAGGCGCCGGGCUGCUGAUAAACAGAUUCCGGAAAAUUAUGCUUUCACGACACUGAAAUAUAUAUACACUGUUGUUAUUGUUUUUAUAACCACAUACAAACUACAUUUCAUUAGAAGUUUCAAUCCUCAUUAGCAGUACUUCAAAAUUAAUAGCUUUUCAUACCACACACACAUUGAUUUUGCAUUGUUUGCUUUAUACAAUAGACUAAGAUAGCGAUGGUUUACACUGUAUUACAUACAAUAGACAGAAAUAUAUACUGCUACUUUUCCAUAUAAAGUGCAAUCAUUCUUAUAACAUCGAACCCAAUAAAGCAAUACAAUGAAGCAAAUGUCUGUUUCAAAUAAGCAUAUAGAUAGCUUAAUAAGGAAGUAUUUAAAUGCAAUACAAUAAAUGAUUACAGUAAGGCAGGGUUUCAUCACUUCAUAAACGAAAAUGAUGAAAAAUAUAUAUGUUUAACUGGAUUUCACGCGACGUUGUAGGGGACUCUGCGCUUAUUAUUCUAAUACAGAACAACACAACGACAUUUCAAUGACGAAAAUCAGCGCUGUGUCAAACUAGCUAUGAGCAAUCUAUGUUUACGUAUAGACACAGACACAUAUUUCUAACUCGUCUGGUUUGACCUAACAUUUGUUACGGUCUAAUAGAAUGUGUGCUUUGCUUCCUAUUGCAUGCUACAGACUUCAGAUCAGCUUCGUGCUACAGGAUAAAUUAGUUAAGU